CGUCCCCUGUCUAACUGCGGGACGCGCCCUUUCCGUCUACUUUGAGUCCUUACUCAGCUCAUCGGGUAUGGUUCUUGAUCCUGUAACGAGAGUAUAAAUCUCCCCGGAUAUCAAAGUCGUCGCAAUUGCUGACACUCCUCAUUCUGCUCACAUUAGCCCGACUCCGAACUCACCAACACCGCCAUGGCUGCGCCGACUAUUUGCAUGGGGCAGUACCUCUUCCGAAGAAUCAAGCAACUCGGCACAGAGCAUAUUCUAGGCGUCCCAGGAGAUUUUAACCUCACUCUUCUUGAUGAAAUCUACAACGUCUCGGGCUUGAAAUGGAUUGGCUGCUGCAAUGAACUCAACGGCGCGUAUGCUGCCGACGGCUACACCAGGAUCAAAGGCUCUCCGGCUGUGCUGGUCACGACUUAUGCUGUGGGGGAGUUGUCUGCGAUGAACGGGGUUGCCGGAGCAUACGCAGAGCAUGCGGGCAUGAUUCACAUCGUUGGGAUGCCAGCACGGUCGAUGCAGAAGGCGCGGGCAAUGCUGCAUCACACCAUGAAAGCUAACAUGGAUCACGCGACCUACAUCCAUAUGGCAGCACCAAUUCGGGAAACCCAUGCGUAUCUGAUGGACGACAAGAUUAUGGCCGAGGAGAUAGACAGAACCAUUGUGGCCUGCGUACGGAGUCGACUCCCGGUCUAUAUCUACGUUCCUGUCGAUGCGGUGCAGGUGCAACUGGACGCGAAGCGACUAGAGACACCGCUUGACGUGGGUGUGCACAACGGAGACGGCAAGAUCGAAGAUCAGAUUGUCAGCAGCAUUCUCUCGCUGAUUGAGAAAGCUUCAGACCCGGUGAUCUUGGCCGAUGUGCUCACUGUACGCCACGGUGGCCGGGAGUUGGCCAGAGAGCUCGCCGAGCUCACUCAGUUUGCGAGCUACUCUACCCCACUGUCGAAAGGCGUCAUCGACGAAACUCUCCCUUAUUACAAUGGGCUGUACAAUGGGAAAGUGUCCUUCCCUGGGGUGGCUGAGGCUAUCGAGCACUCGGACCUGGUCCUAAAUCUCGGCCCACUCCUCUCAGAUUCCAACACUGGAGGUUUCACCAGAGAAAUCAAGGACGACUACCUGGUGCUCCUCGGACACGACUCCUGUCAAGUCAAAGAUCAGAAGUUCUAUGGCGUCCAUUUCCUGCCGAUCCUAAAAAAGCUGGUUACAGAGCUGAAGGCAAAUCCUCAGAAAUACAACCUUCCUCGCCCACAAAAGGCGCCGAGAACCGAGACCCCAGUACUGAACGACUUGAAGUCUGGAGAGAUAAAACAGUCUUAUGUCUGGCAACGGCUCGGUCGGUUCUUGAGGAAAGAUGAUAUCCUUUUGGUAGAGUCUGGGACAGCCCAAUUCGGAAUGCCAGACGCCACGUUUCCACCCAAUGUCAAACUCAUCACCCAGACUUUCUGGUCUUCUAUUGGAUUCACGGUCGGUGCUUGCUUUGGAGCCCUGAUCGCGGCGAAGGAGCUGAAGUAUGCCGGACGCGUAGUCUUGAUCGUCGGCGAGGGAAGUCUCCAGAUGACAGUACAAGAGAUUGGAUCAUACAUCCGAUAUGGCUUUAAGCCCAUCAUUUUUGUCAUCAACAACAACGGAUAUGCCAUCGAGAGAGCAAUCCAUGGACCAGAGCAGGGGUACAACGACGUCAGCAUGAUGUGGGACUACCAAAAGAUGCUCGGGUUCUUUGGAGCCAGAGAGGAUACUGGUGUCAAGGCAAAAAGCCGGGCCACUAAGACGGUCGAAGAGCUUGAGGCAGUCCUGAAAGAUGACGAUUUCGCUAGUGGAAACAGUAUUCAGCUUUGCGAAAUCUUCAUGGACACAUUUGAUUAUCCGUGGAGACUGACCGAGCAGAUUGCCAUCUCUAGGGCGCGGACGAAGCGGGAUGCCGACAAGCUGACUGCGGCGUCGGGCGAGGCAUGAUCGUCUUCGCUGACGACGGAUCAUGGUUGAUAUGGAGAUGCAAUCUGUCCCAGAAACAAGAGCUUCUACAGUUCAGUGAGGGCAAGGCGGGGCAAUGAGCACCUACCUAGACUCGGUUGUAUGUGCAUAUAGUAUCAGCAGCCUUUGGCGAGGCUGAGGUCCCCUUUAGCAAGGCUUUGAUUUCAC